AUGGAGCUCAACCUUGGCUUCUCUCUUGACCUCGAAACUCCUCCUCCGCCUCCUUUAAACGUGAAAGGCUUCUUCUACAAUCUCCUCCACAGCCGUAGCCCCGACAUUCUCGAUGAUGACCACGCCUUCACCAUCGAAGGGUCCUCAUCGAAUCCUUUAUCUCGAGUGGUCUCGACCCCACAGCUCGAACCUUCAUUUCCUCACCCAUGCCCUGAUCCUAACCCAGCCGCAACGCUCCCCAGAGAGUUCGACCUCUGUGCACCUCCGCUGCCACCGACCCCUCCUCCUCCAUCCAUGGAAACCUCACCAGAGAGCAGCGACGGCAUAGCGGCGCACGGCCAGCUCGACUUCAAGAGCCUCUUUCACUACGGUCCAGUGGAUCAACGUCCUUAUCACGAUCCGGUUACAGAGGACCGCCAGGUCGUGCCUUUGCUCGACUUAAAUGACCUCGGAUCACCGAACGAGAGGCUUGGUGAGGAGGCCGGUGUGAGCUCGGACCACCAAUGGGGUCGUGAGCGGGACGAUGGUCGUCAUGAUCGGAGGAAGAGAGAGGUAGCGACAGGUUUGCCGCAGCAUCAGUCGAAGCAGAAGACGGAGAAAAAUAAAAAAGAGAAUGACAAGGACGAGGCUGACGAGGAGCCCUUGGUCGUCAAAGGCCAGUGGACUCCUACCGAAGACAGGCGCUUAAUGAUGUUGGUUGAGACUCAUGGAAUGAAAAGGUGGUCUCAGAUUGCCCAAAUGAUGAAGGGGAGAGUCGGAAAACAGUGCAGGGAGAGAUGGCAUAACCAUUUGAGGCCUGAUAUCAAGAAGGACUCGUGGAGCAUCGAAGAAGACAAGAUCCUGAUUCAGGCACACAAGCAGAUUGGGAACAAAUGGGCAGAGAUAGCCAAGAGAUUGCCUGGAAGAACUGAGAAUAGCAUAAAAAAUCACUGGAAUGCCACCAAGCGCAGGCAAUUCACUAAGCGUAAGUUGCUACCCGAUAGCAACAACUCCAACCUCUUGCAAAACUACAUCAGGAGUGUCACCACUCCAUCUCCUUCGAAAUGGUCGCCACCAGCUCGUGGUCCUGACCACGGCCACCACAACACCAAGAAGCAGUCAUUGUCUUUGUCGAAGGCAGCCAUUUUUCGUGGCUUGGACAUGCAGCCCGAAGCGGCUAACUGCCCCCAGCAGGUGCCGGAUCACCACCACAGGCCGCCGCCUCCGCUUGCUCAGAGGCUAGCCAGCAAUUACGUCCGUUAUCCGAUGGUUGAUGGGAAUGGGAUCUUGGGCUUUAUCAAGUGA